CGGGGCAGCCCGUUGCCACGGCAACCGCCGCAGGGCGGCCUGUAGAACCGGGGAGGGUCGCGUUAGGCCUGGCCGGGGACCCCCCCUUUUUUUUUUAAACCCCCGGGAUGUUCGGGGACGCGUCGACCGGCGCCCUGGACGUGGAGUCGGUGUGGAGGAGGGACCAGGGGACCCGAUGCGAGGAGAAGACUACCCAGACCGUCUCUGUCCCCACGGCCGAAAGGGUGAUCCAGACCCGCCACAGCCACGAGGUCGGCGUCCAGGCGGAUCCCGAGGCCAGUCCGGCCCAAGCCCUGCCUCUCCCACCACCCCCGUUGGUGGACUAUGCCGGCCUGCGGGCCUUCCUGCAGCGGGUGGAGGAGCCGGUCAUCCGUGAGCUGGACAAGAACUGGAAGAGCCACGCCUUCGACGGCUUUGAGGUCAACUGGGCAGAUCCCAACGAAACGGUGUCUUGUGUGCACAGCUUGUCAUACCCGGAAGCCCAGGAGCGCAACCUGCAAGUGACCAGCAUCGGCUGGAACGCCACGGGGGCUGUCCUCGCCUGCUCCUAUGGCAGACUGGAUGAUGGAGACUGGAGCUCUGAAAAAUCCUUCCUCUGCACCUGGAAUCUGGACCGUCGAGCACUGAAUCCCCACCGCCCAGAUCUGGUGGUCGAAAUCCCCAGCGCUGUCAUGUGUGUGGCUUUCCACCCCCAGCAGCCUUCGCUCAUCGCCGGAGGCCUGUUCAGCGGAGAGGUCCUGAUCUGGGACACCGGCAGGCAGGAAGAUCCCUUGAUCUGGAGGACGGGCAUGACCGAUGAUACUCAUACCGACCCUGUGUAUCAGGUCAGCUGGCACCGAGACCCCCGGCAGCCGCGCGCCUUCCGUGUCUUGAGCGUCUCCACCGAUGGGAAGAUCCUGGUGUGGCAGGAAGAGAAGGACGGCCUACUCCGCCCCGCCAGCGGUUUUGCUUUCGUCCAGCAGCAGAUUCCCCGGAGCACAAAGCUCAAGAAACAUUCUCGAGGAGACACGGUAGUGGGCGUGACGUGCCUCUCCUUCUCCCACUUCGAGCCCAGCGUCUUCGUCAGCGGCACGGAGGGCGGCUAUUUGAUGAAGUGCUCGACCGCAGUGGACACGGCCGCCCACCUGCAGAAGGGCUGCUCCGUUCCGCUCAGGGCCCCCGCCCAGUUCAGCUUCUCCUCUCAUGGAGGCCCCAUCUACAGUGUCAGCUGCUCACCUUUCCACAGGAACCUCUUCUUGAGCGGAGGGACUGACGGGCACGUUCAUUUACACUCAAUGCUGCAGGCUCGCCCACUGCUGUCCCUUCAGUUGUCCAAGAAAUAUAUUUUCAGCGUCAGGUGGUCACCAGUUCGGCCCCUGGUGUUUGCAGCUGCUUCCGGGGAAGGGGAAGUGCAGCUUUUCGACUUUGCAAAGAGCUCCCAAAAGCCCUCCGUCUCAAUCAGGCAGACGCCCAAUCAGGCCCCCGUCCACUGCUUGGAGUUCAACCCCCGGCAGACUCAGCUCCUUGCCGCUGGGGACGCCAGCGGGACGGUGAAGGUUUGGCAGCUGAGUUCGGAUUUCACCGAAGAGGGCCCGCGAGAGAUGAGCCAUCUCGAUCAGCUGGCAAACGAGGUCACCGAUUAAGACACCCAACCCUUGCUGGGCGUCUUAACUCAAGAGAUGCUUCCAGGCAGGGAGCGGAAGUCUUUUGUUCAUGCAACUGUUGUCAAUCCUCCCACAAAGGGAAUGUGUGUGUGUGUGUGUGUG